AUAAAAACAAGGAAAGGCGCCAACAUACCUCUGGGAACUAUUUAAAAUACCCCAAAACACUAAGAAUUUAGUUAUGCUGCUUCUCUUUUAACGGCUUUUAGGACAAUGAAUGUCCUCCACUGAAGUGACCCCAGUCGUAAAGAUGAACGCUCUAGUUGCUCUCUGUCACUUUUGUGAGCUCCAUGGUCCUCGGACGCUGUUCUGCACCGAGGCAUUGCACCCUCCAUCCCCGUCUCCUUCAUCCCAGGUGGGGGUCGCGACACCAGGGGACAGGGACCGAGAUGGUGAUCGGGAAGGCGAAGGGCUGACCAUGAGAGCCAACAGUUCAGCCUCACAAAGAGGCGAAAUGUGUGAGGGAUGCAGAUCUCUGCCUGCGUCUCAUCCGGGUUUUGUGAGCAUCGACGAUGAGACUGGCAUACGCUUCCUGAGCCACCAGCAUCCCAGACAGCCUCAGCUGUUUAGUGUGGUCCGCCAGGCCUGUGUCCGCAGUCUUAGCUGUGAGGUAAACAGUGACUUAUUUGUGCUUGUAUUUGUGGGAGUCACACACCUCAUGCUUGAAAAAAAACAGCAUAUCUUCUCAUUACGCUGCUUCUUCAGAUGCCACUUAACAUUUCUCCUGAUCCUCUUUCUGUUGUCUCAGGUGUGUCCUGGCCGUGAAGGGCCAAUUUUCUUUGGAGAUGAGCAGCAUGGAUUUGUAUUCUCACACACCUUUUUUAUCAAAGACAGCCUGGCCAGAGGAUUCCAGCGCUGGUACAGUAUAGUCAUGGUAGCCAUGGACAGAAUCUAUCUCAUCAACUCCUGGCCUUUUCUGUUACGCCACCUUAGACUUACUAUACAGAGCCUGCAAAGCACAGCACUCAAGGUGUUUGACAGUGAACAAGGAGUUUGCCCUCAGCGAGCUGUGAGGAUGAACAGCGUGUUCUCACCUGCAGUUUUUCCACACCAAAGGAGCGGCAACGCAGCUCGAUCACUCACUUCUCUUACCCAGCAUCCCAACCUCUGGGCCAGCCUGCACUCCUCCUUUAGCUGGCUGCUGAAGGCCUGUGGUAGUCGUCUGACAGAGAAGCUGCUUGAAGGGGCUCCCACCGAGGACACCCUGGUACUAAUAGAGAGACAGACAGAGCAAGAAGAGGAAAUGAGAUGCUGUGAGGGGGAAGAUGGAGGUGGUUCAAAGCCACAGCGGCAUCCGUCAGAGAGUUUGCUGGUCCAUGAUUUCCUGUCUGAAGAGACAAAUUUAGACGACUUACCUGGUCCAAAAUUUAGAUCACUGAGACACUUGAGACAGGUUCUCGGGGCUGCUGAAUUUCGUCAGCUGGCAUGGCAUGUGCUCAUGGGGAACCAGGUCAUAUGGAGAGGUGCAGACCCUGGGAUGAUCCAGUCUGCAUUCACAGUGCUUAAGUCUCUGCUCCCAGUAGGCUGCGUGCGCUCUGUGCCGUACAGCGGUCAGUACGAGGAAGCUUACAAAUGCAACUUUUUGGGUCUCAGCCCUGAUGUGCCUAUUCCAGCUCAUGUCAGCUCCUCAGAGUUUUCAGUGCUGGUGGACAUCAGCCCAGAUAAAAGCUGUCAGAGCUCUGUUGUCAGUGACGAGGAUAUCUGCUCACUUUAUCAGUUCUCCAUCAGCAGUGCCAGCACACAGCCCACAGACAGAGGUCCCACAUUACUGAACAAACUUGAGGUAGCUCUGUCCAACGAGAACCUGUCAGUAGACGUCGUAUCCCACUGCCUGCUGUGCUUAAAGGAAGAAUGGAUGAAUAAAGUCAAGGUGCUGUUCAAGUUCUCCAAAGUAGACGGGCGUGGCCGGGAAGACACCCAGAAGGUUCUGGUCCACCUUGGUGCCACAGGGCCUGGGGAGGAAGACAACGUCAGGCUCCUCAAAUUCUGGAUGACCGGACUCAGCAAAACCUACAAGAGCCAUUUAAUGACAGCUGUCCGAGGGGGGGAGAGGAGCCCCAGCCAGUGACAAAGGGAUCAGCAGGAGGGGAAGAAGUCUGGAGAGAAGGAAAGGAAGGGGAAUACUGAAGAAAGGAAAACGAAAGCAGGAAUCGGUUAACUGCUGGGGACUUUCAGUGGGAAAAGACUGAACAUGGGACGGGAAUGCUGUUUAUCCUCCAUUGUCUUUUAACCAUCACAAGAAAUCUGUAGUUCACUAUAAUUAUUAUCCUGUGCUGAUUCAGGUUUCUGUGUUUUAUGAAAGAGAAUCAAGACAUGACAUAAUGUAACUUAUUACAAAAAGAAUUUGCACUUUUACUGCUUGUUUACUAUUUUUAAUUGAAUAAAAGGUGUGAACAAAG